ACAAGAAGAGGACAGUAGGAUAAUGUUCACCCACUUUUUUUUAUCCGUUCAGGGAUGGGGGACGCUAGAAACCAGUCUCACAUUUCCCGCCGUACGAAUCCAAAUGAAUCUGCCAUAGUCACCGGCAAAACCUCUGGUUCACAUCACAAUCGAAACCCUAGAACCAAACGGAGGAAGACGAACAAACGACGAGAUCAGGAGGAGGAGGAGGACGAAGAAGCUCAAACCCUAGAACUCGAGCCGGACCGACUCAGUGAGUUACCCGACUCACUCCUCCUCCACAUCCUCUCUCUCUUGCCCUCCUUCAAUCAAGUCAUACGCGCAGGUACCCUCUCCAAACGCUGGCUGCACCUCUGGACUUUCGUCCCUAACCUAGUUUUCACCCGUUCCUCUUCUAACCCUAAGAAGUUCGUUUCUGGCGUUAGUAAAACCCUAACACAGUCUCGUGUUUCGAAGGUCGAGAAAUUCUCGAUCCUCGUUCCUUACUCCGCCGCGUUUUCCUCUGACGUCGAUUCUUGGUUGCUUUUCGCGGCGAGGAAUGGCGCGGCUGAUCUUAGUUUGAGGUUCUUCAACUCGAUACCCGGGAAUGUUUAUGUUUUACCUCAGGUUAUGUGCACGAAUUCGCGGAUAAAAGUUCUGGAGUUGGCGAAUUGUGUUGUUAAACCGGUAGGGUUAGUUAGUUGGAAUGCACUGAAGAGGUUGUAUUUCUAUGGUGUGAUGUUGAGCGAUGCCGCAAUGGAGGGGAUUGUGUCGGGUUGUCCCGUGUUGGAAAUUUUACAUGUGUAUCGUUACGUGUUUAAGGGGCUGAAAGUUAGGUCUAGGAGUUUACGGGAAUUGGUUUUGAGCGGUUACGUUCACCAUUUCGAUGAAGAUGAUUGUAAUGCUUACUUGGAAAUUUCGGCUCCGAAUCUUCGUACCUUGACGAUUUCGUCUUGUUUCUAUACAUGGGAUGUACGUUUGGAGGAUGUGACGUCCUUGGUUAGAGCUGAUCUCAGUUUCUACUUGGACAUUGACGACGAUGCUGCUGAUGUGGAGGAGUACGAUAAGUAUCUCGACUUGUUACUGGAACUUAUGGAGAAACUCCAUCAUGUUGAAGAACUGAAACUUGCCACCUGGUGUAUUCAGGUUUUAUCGGUACUGGAGGUGAGAGGAUGGCUGUCUCCAUCACUGAAUUGCAAAAGUUUAACUCUAGACACGCACGUUGUGGACUGUGAUCUGCCUGGAUUAGCAAGGCUUCUUGACAUUUCACCUUAUCUGGAGACGUUAGUCAUAAGCACAGAAACCUUGUCCCCUUCAGAGUUUUUCGUUGGAGGUGCGCUCUAUGUUGCUUACUCUUUCAAUGGAAAGCACUACUUCCAAUUACGAAAAUCGAUUCCUGAGGGUUUGUUGCUCCAUCUCAAGAAUGUUAAAAUAUUUGGCUUCCGAAGAGUACAUUGGGAAGUAGAUCUUGUACAGUUUUUGAUGAAGAAUGCCAAAGUGCUUGAGAAUGUGAAUGUCUACUUGCAAAGGGAAGGUUUUCAGUGCCAAUCCGAAUGCUGUGUGUGGCAAGAAACAUUCGAUGAGGAGUUGGAUCUUUCAGCGUCCUCCCCCCAUGCAGUAGUCAGGUUCUUUGAGUCACCUGAAGAAUUCAAGGAAGCAUUGAAAUUGGAAACGAUGCUAACACUAGUGGAGUGAGUUUCUGCGUAGGUUAGUUCGCUUUUGUACUGAGCUCUGUAUUUCGGUUGUGCGGUGGAAUGAGUUCACUAAAUCUUUUGUUUGUAUAUCUGUGAGCUGUCAUAGGAUAACCGAGUAUAUUCCAGGUAAAGUUGAUGGGCAUAUAUACUGUCCAGCAGGCACAGUUUUUUGGCAAAAUAUGUUGUGCUGUGAGGACCUAUUUGUUGGAUCUUGUACGUCCUCCUCGUCACAUAUAUGUAAGAGCGAGUCUAAGUAUAUAAUGUGCUGUGUUUAUGCAA